UGCUGGGAGGCUUGCUGCCGUCAGCCAUCUUUAUUUUAGUUUUAAACUGAGAGGAGAUACAGGGCUGCGGUUCACGGAGGAGUCUCAAGUUCUACCACACAACCACUUGUCUUUGCCAUCCUCGUAUAGUGUUGUCUUUCUUGCCUCCCUUCUCUCUCUCUUUGUCUAGUAAAGAAUGUUUCUUUUGGUGUGUUCGUUGUCAUCAGAAUGCCCUGUCUAUUAUUGUUGAUGGAUAAUCCACAAGAGAGGACAAUGAUGGCCGCCAGUGACAAUAGGGUAGCCACUGAACCUCUUGGUAGUAGUCCAGCCAAGGAACGGGCUACCACAACCACUCGAACUUCUUACGACGAGACUGUGGCCGUGGCCAUAAAGGCCGCCGUCCCUCCCGUCCUCUCAGAAGAAAGCCUAGUGACUGGCAGUGCCUUUGAAAUCACUAGUAUCUCUCAGCUCCCCGAAGAUAACGAUGACAGUCAUUUAACGGUCUCAAAGGACCAAGAAGAAUUACAAAAGUCUUUACUGGAGGUUGGUCGGAGUUCUAACCACUUGAGUACCAGUAGCACCGAGUCUGAACCAGAUGAUGUCCCAAUCGCGGCAGCUCCUGGUGCCAUGGAAACUGUAAAUGCCUCAACAAGACAACACAUUGACGCUUCCCUCCCAAUCAAUCCUUCCCCAAAGUCUGACAUUGCCGUCCCGUCAAACGGUCCUGCGGCUCCUCAGAGUCGCUUCAGACGUGUUAAUCAUUACGUGCGUGGGCGUUGGAAGGUACGGGACUCUUUUGAACCGGAGGAGAGGCCAGAGAGCGAAAUGAAGAUGGCUCCAUCUCGGAUCGUCUCUGACCCAAACACUACGUCUCCCUCUGUAGCACGCAAGACGACUCAUCAGCUUCAGAACAAAACCUCGCUGAGUUCUGUUGAGCACAGCGAGUCUGACGACAUCAGUGAGCUACCGCAGGUAGCCACGAGUGGAACAGCAACCGAGUCCAUACAUUCCUUAUCAAGGACAGGGAGUAUGUCCUCAGUUAGGGAACUCGGGCCUCACGAAGACGCAGAGUCAAUGGGCAGCAUGCCUAUGUGUGGACCUACUCCAGACAUACAACCCACUUCAAGCCUUCUUUAUCGACCUACUCUCCUCUGCCAUUGUGAUGAGUGCAGCAGUGGCCCACAGGAUAAAUCUCCUCAAGAAUUUCAGCAUACAUUAGAGGCUGCGGUGUGUCACUUACAGUGUCAAAUAUCUCUUUUCCAACAAGCUGCAUCUAACAAACUUUUACAAGAGCGAAACAAAUUGUUCAAGGAGAACGAGCGAUUAAAGGAACAGAUGCACUUAAUGGAACAAGAGCUAGAGCAGCUAAAGUCUCGUCACACUGACAAUCCUCCUACUUCAAGCCCCUAGUACACUCAAACUAAUACGUGUAGUAAAUGUGUGUCAUUUGUAUACUAAUUUAUAUAUGUAUCUAUGUUUUAGAUUUUUAGGUGGACUCAUCUCUCCCUAAUGUAUUUUCAUACCUUAUGUUACUCCUCCUCAUCCUCUUAUCUCCCUCUCUAUAAUGUGAUCAAUUUUAAAUUCUACAUUUUCAUAAAAUUUUAGUUUUAAAAUGUACACAAGAAUAAUAAAUAUUAUUAUUCACUCUUAUUUAUUUCAAACAUGCACUCUCUCA